AUGAAAACUCUUACUCCUGGAACCCUCUACUUCCUCUUCUUCUGGACCCUACAAGAGCAGGUCCUACUCAGGUUGGCUUCAGGGAAAGAGGAAGUCAAAUCUGCCUCCAAGAGCAUUCCUCAGCCUAUGUCACCCUCUGAUUUCCUGGACAAGCUCAUGGGACGAACUUCUGGGUAUGAUGCUAGGAUUCGGCCCAAUUUUAAAGGGCCCCCCGUGAAUGUGACUUGCAACAUCUUCAUCAACAGCUUCAGCUCUGUCACAGAAACCACAAUGGAUUACAGGGUGAAUGUCUUCCUUCGGCAGCAGUGGAAUGACCCACGCCUAGCAUAUCUGGAAUACCCAGAUGACUCCCUGGACCUAGACCCUUCCAUGCUGGACUCCAUUUGGAAGCCGGACCUAUUUUUUGCCAAUGAGAAGGGUGCCAACUUUCAUGAGGUGACCACUGACAACAAGCUGCUUCGGAUCUUCAAGAAUGGGAGUGUACUCUACAGUAUCAGGUUAACUCUUGUCUUGUCCUGCCCAAUGGACCUCAAGAACUUCCCCAUGGACAUCCAGACCUGCACAAUGCAGUUAGAAAGCUUUGGUUAUACUAUGAAUGACCUUGUGUUUGAGUGGCUGGAAGAUGCCCCGGCUGUGCAAGUGGCUGAGGGGCUGACUCUGCCCCAGUUUAUCCUGAGGGAUGAAAAGGAUCUCGGCUACUGCACCAAAUAUUAUAACACAGGGAAGUUUACUUGCAUAGAGGUGAAGUUCCACUUGGAGCGCCAGAUGGGCUACUACCUGAUCCAAAUGUACAUCCCUAGCCUUCUCAUCGUCAUCCUGUCCUGGGUCUCCUUCUGGAUCAACAUGGAUGCUGCCCCUGCCCGGGUGGGCUUGGGUAUCACGACGGUAUUGACGAUGACGACCCAGAGCUCAGGCUCCCGAGCUUCUUUACCUAAGGUGUCCUAUGUGAAGGCGAUUGAUAUCUGGAUGGCAGUCUGUCUGCUCUUUGUAUUUGCGGCCCUGCUGGAGUAUGCUGCUGUGAACUUUGUCUCCCGCCAACAUAAGGAGUUCAUGCGUCUUCGAAGGAGGCAGAGGCGCCAGCGCAUGGAAGAAGAGGUCAUCCGAGAGAGCCGAUUCUAUUUCCGGGGCUAUGGCCUGGGCCACUGCCUGCAGGUCAGGGAUGGAGGUCCCAUGGAAGGCCCAGGUAUUUAUAGCACCCCACCCCCAGUCCCUCUCCUGAGGGAGGGGGAGACUGUGCGGAAGCACUAUGUGGACAGGGCCAAACGAAUCGAUACCAUCUCCCGCGCAAUCUUCCCUUUCACAUUCCUCAUCUUCAACAUCUUUUACUGGGUUGUCUACAAAGUUCUCCGAUCAGAGGACAUCCACCAAGCACCAUGA